GAGGGAAGGGAGGAAGGGGCGGGGAGAGCGCCGGAGGGAGGCCGGUCGGCCGCGGGCGGGCGGGCAGCGCAGCGCCGAGCGGGGCCCGCGGGCCCAUGAGGAGGCCGGGGGACCAUGGGCUCCAGGAUCAAGCAGAACCCAGAGACCACGUUUGAAGUCUAUGUUGAAGUGGCCUAUCCUAGGACGGGUGGCACUCUUUCAGAUCCUGAGGUGCAGAGGCAAUUCCCGGAGGACUACAGUGACCAGGAAGUUCUACAGACUUUGACCAAGUUUUGUUUCCCCUUCUAUGUGGACAGCCUCACAGUUAGCCAAGUUGGCCAGAACUUCACGUUCGUGCUCACUGACAUUGACAGCAAACAGAGAUUCGGGUUCUGCCGCUUAUCUUCAGGAGCGAAGAGCUGCUUCUGUAUCUUAAGCUAUCUUCCCUGGUUUGAAGUAUUUUAUAAGCUGCUUAACAUCUUGGCGGAUUACACGACAAAGGGCCAGGAGAAUCAGUGGAAUGAGCUUCUUGAAACUCUGCACAAACUUCCUAUUCCUGACCCAGGAGUGUCUGUUCAUCUCAGCAUGCAUUCUUAUUUUACUGUGCCUGAUACUAGAGAACUUCCCAGCAUACCUGAGAAUAGAAAUCUGACAGAAUAUUUUGUGGCCGUGGAUGUAAACAACAUGUUACAUCUGUAUGCCAGUAUGCUGUAUGAACGCCGGAUUCUCAUCGUCUGCAGCAAACUCAGCACUCUGACUGCCUGCAUCCACGGGUCCGCCGCCAUGCUGUACCCCAUGUUCUGGCAGCACGUGUACAUCCCCGUCCUGCCUCCGCAUCUCCUGGACUACUGCUGUGCUCCCAUGCCCUACCUCAUAGGAAUCCAUUUAAGUUUAAUGGAGAAAGUCAGAAACAUGGCCCUAGAUGAUGUCGUGAUCCUCAACGUGGACACCAACACCCUGGAAACUCCUUUUGAUGACCUCCAGAGCCUCCCGAAUGAUGUGAUCUCUUCACUGAAGAACCGGCUGAAGAAGGUCUCCACAACUACUGGCAAUGGUGUGGCCAGGGCCUUCCUCAAGGCCCAGGCUGCUUUCUUCGGCAGCUACCGAAAUGCUUUGAAAAUUGAGCCGGAGGAGCCGAUCACCUUCUGUGAAGAAGCCUUCGUGUCCCACUAUCGCUCGGGAGCCAUGAGGCAGUUCCUGCAGAAUGCCACCCAGCUGCAGCUCUUCAAACAGUUUAUAGAUGGUAGACUGGACCUUCUCAAUUCUGGCAAAGGUUUCAGUGACGUUUUUGAAGAGGAGAUCAGCAUGGGCGAGUAUGCUGGCAGCGAUAAACUUUACCAUCAGUGGCUCUCCACAGUCCGGAAAGGAAGCGGAGCAAUUCUGAAUACUGUAAAAACGAAAGCGAACCCAGCUAUGAAGACUGUCUAUAAAUUUGCAAAAGAUCAUGCAAAAAUGGGAAUAAAAGAGGUGAAAAACCGCUUGAAGCAAAAGGACAUCACCGAGAAUGGCUGCGCCCCCACCAUGGAAGACCAGCUGCCAAAGACGAUGCCGUCCCCGCUGGUGGAUGCCAAGGACCCAAAGCUCCGAGAAGACCGGAGGCCAAUCACAGUCCACUUCGGACAGCCACAAAGACUCCGUCCCACUCGCCCGCCGCCUCCCAAGAUACAGCGCUCGAGGCCCGUGCGCCCUCCCCGCCCACAUGUCAUGAAGAAACCGAAGAGCAACAUCACAGGGGAAGGCCAGAGGACUUCUGUCUCAAGUCCUGAGCACUCCAGCUGGCAAGACCCAAGUUCUUGAAACACAGGAAGCAUCCAGCGGAAAAUAUUUUAAUAAAACAGACUCCUCAUAAAAUAUUGUUCUGGGGGGGAAAGAAACCAGCUCCACCAAUCUGUCAGCAUUGUGCUGGGAGACACGAGAAGACAAGCCGGCAGGCAGGAGCCAGAUCCUAAUGGGCCUUUGUUGCGGGUGGUUCCGUGUGGGGCACAUGGACUCCGUGCCUGGCCCUUUAAUCUGGCCUGGAUUUUCUGGACUCACGGAUCUUUGUCUCUCCCGGGAAUAUCACAGUACUUCACCAACUUGAGGGUUUGGCCAGCAGAGAGAGAUACAAGAUCUUUGAAGCGGAGGGAGAGGUUCAGUCCUCCCGACUUCUCGCCCCCACUCUCACUUCCAAAUAGCACAUUAAAUAAUUCACUUCGUGGACAGCAAGAUGGAGCUGAUUAACAAUAAGACGGUCUCCACGGCCUCCCGCAGCAGCUCAGCGUCUGGAAUUCAUCAAGGCCCAGUAGCGUCGGCUGCCAGCUCUGUGACCACAGAUCCCAUUCUUCCUUUCCAGAUGAUGUCCAUCUGUCCAUUCAUGUAUCCAUUCAUUCAGCAGAUAGCUUCAAAAACCUACCAGGUGUGAGCGAUUUGGGAUUUUUAAGAGGGGGACUUUAAAGAGAACCCCCGUGCUGACUCUUUUGUGACUUGCAUUUUCCCGAAACGAAAUUUCUCGUAUGUCAAAUGUCUUUUCCGAAUUAAAGGUGGGUGUCCUCACCCCUUAAAGCCAUCCAAUGACAACUGGAAGAACACUUCAGAAAGAUUUCUGGGGAAAACAUUCCCUCUGUUUUUCAGCUAACACUAGCUAAUUAAUAUUCAGUGACUAUUUCUCCUCAAGAAGUACUAGCUACUCGCAUUAUUAUUCAGAACGGGCUGAUGGGAUGCCCUAAGGAUUCCCUAGGGUGAGAGCUAGGGCUCGGAGGGGUCAGGCAGCGCAGGCUGUGGGUCAGGGGCCACCCGACAGCAAGUACAGUCGAGCACCUCUUGUGUUCUGGGCCCUCUUCGGCUGGUGUUUGUUUCUUCUUCCACCAAAUGGGAACUCCGGCUCAGAAAAUAUGUGACCAGUGUUCCUGGGUCACGCGGUUAUAAGGUGGGAGGGCCAGGACUCCAGAUGCUGCUUGAUUUUAUUCUCUCCGAUACACUCUGCUACCCACAGGGGUCCCUUGUCAGUUGGCUUUGCCUAGAGAGACGGUUCUGGGUCCUGUGUCCUAAGAUGACUUGUCCCACAUGCCAUCCUUCUUCUCUGGUUCCUGGAAGUCAGGAACUGGAGCUGUUCGGUCCUCUUCCUGGCACAGAAACAGUGUCCCCCUGGUGCCUGAGUGUUUCUACCUGGGGAAGGAAAGACAAGCAACAGGAUGUUUUUGUGAAGGGUAGGUGGUGGCUUUCCCAUCUAACAGGGAAACUGAGGCUCAGAGGGAGACUUUCUCAUAGAACUAGCCCAGGGUCUGAGGGCUAGAAACUGGUAGGAUCAGCUGUCUGCUGACACAGCCCUCACCCCUUCUUCUGCACCAUCCGGCCUUUUCGUCGACAACCUAAGUAUGACCCUGAGCUACUCGGAGUGAUGGGGACAGUGGUGGCUGCAGGGGGCAUGGUGAGGUUCACGUCUCCCACCUGUUAAUUGUCAUUUCAGCCGCAGUGUGUGGCUGUCCAGCCCCAGCUUCUGUUCCCCUCAGCCUGCCAGGUGUAAGAGAAUUUCCCAUUGAAUGUGAUGCUUAGAAGGAGCCGACAGCAAACUCUAGAAGGCAGCACUGUGCUCAGUACUGCCCACCCUUCAGGAUCAUGCCCAGCAUGCAGACAGAGGCCAAUGGCAGGGAGUCCCCUGCUGGUCCCCAGGCUGCCUGUCGUUUGUUCCCCACAGCAGGGGGCGGGGCAGUAGCCCUCUCAGGGUUGUAGAUUGGUGUGGUCAGACAGCCUCCACCUUGUUUAACCUUAACAGCCCUGAAGGGUGGAGCUGUCUUCUGAGUCUUAGUGGCCAAGAGGCUGGCAGUCAGUAGAGCUCAGAGACGCACCCAGGGCUGACCAGCUGCACAGCCUGAACUUUGCACACCUCCGUCUCCCUCCAGCGGGUGAGCCCCACAACCCCCUCUCGGGAGUCCUGACUGGCUGUAGGCUGGUACUUUGAAGGUUCAUUGUACUAAGUAGGAGUGGUCCGGAUUCAGGCACCAGGAGCCCACAGGCCAUUUCCCUGCUCACCUGGCUGGCCAGAUUUGUACCAAAUCUGCUUUUUUCAAACAGUUUUGUUUGUCUGUAAAAAUAACCCCAGAACCUUAUAAUCCGGAAGUUUGGGGAAAGAGACGAGUUCAUUCUGAACCUCCGUCCUUAGUGUUUCCGCAGCCUCCCCUCGGGGGCUCGUCCUAAAUAUAGUUUGCAGCGCCACACCCUCCUUGCAAUAGUCCGUCCUCCGGACUUGCCCCGUGUCCUUGCAACCCCUGCUGCUUACAACUGUGGCGGGGUCCCGCUUCAUGAGCAUGCGUGGUCCGCCUCGCCAUACCCCUCCUACUGGAUUUGUAGAUUGUUCCAGGUUUUCGCUGACAUGAAAUGCCAGAAGAAACGCCCUUGUCCUUAAAGCUUUUCUCAUCUGAUAUCAUCCUAAGGAAUGGAAUGAUAAACAGCUACCAUUAGCCAAGAACGGCCUGCUAAGCACUUUGCAUACACGUCUCAUUUAAUCCUCACAAGAAAUCUGGGGGAGUAGGUAUCAUGAGCUCGAUUUUGUAGAAGUAACUGAGACCCUGAGAGGUUGUCCCUGACCCAUACCCCCAGUCCUAGAGGCAGAUUUCUGUUCCAUGUUGCUAAACAACUUGCUAAAAGAAUUGUACCACUUUACACUCCCACCAAAACUCUGGACUCCCUGUGAAUCUGGGUCUGGGGGACCCAGAGGAACAUGCGUUAGAAAUCCUUCUGACCAAGGAGAAAUCCUGCGGGUUGCGCUUGGCUAGACAGACAGUCUGUGCACCAAACUGCCGGCCCACGCCGCUUAGGGAUGGCAGAGUCUCACCAUCCAACUUGCACCGUGUGACCCCAGCACCCAAAGCCCCAGAAGAUUAAAAUAAGAUCAGAAGAAGCUGCCAGAAGCAUUUAGUGAGAGCUCUGCGCAAAGACGAGGUCUCGGGACACUGCAGCUGCAUCUCUUCAGGCCAGUUGCACACAUGCUCGGGCAAAAGAUGAUGUGCUGCUCCUCGCCGUCUGCUCAAGACCUGGGCUCAGCAAGGCCUCAGUGGUGCUGGCCAUGGAUCACAACAGGGGUAGAGCUCCUCUCUCUCCUCCCCAGGCCCAGAGCUGCCCCAGGGGCGUGGUUGGUGAACUGCUGCCGUGAUGGGGGGUUGGUGCAUGGACAGGGCUCUGGGACCCCACAGACCUGGGUCAGCCUCCUGCCCGUCAGCUGCCAGCCAGAGACCCUGGGCGAGACUCUGCCCUCUUUUUUUCAACACAGUGCCUGUUCACGUCCCGAAGAGCACGAUUUGGGAAGCUGCCCGUAGGAGCCGCACUAGCAUCCUGAGGUGGCAGGGUGCACUAGUCUCCCCCCGCCCACAGCAAUGCUGCUGUCAACGGUCUCAUGCUCACUCUGUUGCCUCCCCAUGAGCUGCACCCUCCCCUCCCCAUGCCCACAGUCCCCUGACUUCCCCUGAUACAGUGCUGACCUUCCAUAUUGUAGUAGUCUCUUUACAUCAUGCACACGCAUACACACACACACACACACACACACACACACACACACACACAGACCCUGGGAGCCUGGGAGCUCCUCCAAGGCAGGGUGACCAUUUGCCCUUCAGCUUCGACUCUUCAACUCCUGGACAAGAGCCCAGCCCAGACCUCUGCUCAGGGAUGUUUACUGAAUGAAAGAACAAGGGAAUCAGCGAAGGCAGCCCGAAGCUUAUAGCCCAGCACUCUGGAGAUGGGGAAGGGAUGAGUGUUAACCAUAAAUGUGUGAAGAGCACCUACUACGUGCCAGGUGGGAUUGGGAUGGGACCAUGAGGCUGCCAGCACCUCUCCUGCCCGGGGCCAUCUAAGAGCCAGAAACUGCCAUCAGCCCCAGGAGCAAGUCUCCAAGAUGCCAACUGGCCCUGGGCCCCAGGGGUGGGGACAGCUGUCUAGGUACUACUCACUGGCAGCCUGCCAGGACCCACUCCCUGAGCAGCCAGGAGUCCAAACACCAGAGCAGAAGGUCCCAGACGCAAUUAGCAAUGUGAGAGGCCCCUGACCCAACUCGGGCCCCCAUCCCCUCUCCAACAGUGGGUUCUGGGCCCUGGAGACAAAGCCACGCCAGGAGCCAGACGUGGAGUCUGAACCCAGACUGUAAAAGCAGGAACUGCCAAGGAGUCCCCAGGGAUGUGCAGCAGCCCAGGAAAACCCACGUCUCCCUGUCCCCAGCCACUUUUGCCUGACGCUCGAAGGGAAGGAUCUCUCCCAGGAGCAGUCACAACAGAAGGCAUUAGUGCCAGCUGAGACACCAAGCCUUCAGCAUGCCCUGAGAGAAGGUGCCCCACCCUCCAGGCUUGCUGGUUUCAGCCUCCCCUGAAAGCUUGGCCACCUCACCUGAGUCCCUCCCUCUUCCAGGCCUCAUGCCACCAUUUCUCAUGCCUGUUUCAGGCCCGGCACUUCACAUGUCACCUUGGUUCACCUCCCCAACGCCCCAAAAGUCUUCACGGUGCAGGCGUGUUAGCCUGUUCAGCCAUGAAGGAACCAAGGCUCUAGCAGGUGGAAUGACCUGCCUUGGAUCCAGAAUGUGCACCCACACCCACGUCCACUGCAUUCUCACCAGACACCCUGCCCUCCACCACUGCUCCCAUGGUCCCCGCAGAAGACUCGGGCUCGUGGCAGGCAAAGGCCAUCUUCGGGGAGAGGGACAGUUCUUCUCAAUCUACACAAUUUCUCUUCCGGAUAGAAAAAGCAUGGACAGUGUCCCCAGGUGUCCCUAUCCUCCAUCUUCCCUCUACCAGUGAGCCUGAAGAGUGGCACAGUGGAGUGAAGCCCCUGUCCUGUGUUUGGGCCUCUCUACCUAGGAGAGUGUCCCCCCAGUGGCCUGGGAAGGACUUCUCAGGGUGUCUGGGGCAUGGGUGUGAACAUGUGAAACUGACACUAGUGAUUUUUUGAAAGGAAUGAAUGAAUGAACCUACAGGUUGAUAAAUAAUCAAACAGAUGGACUAAUGAAGAUCGGAAAGGCAAAGGGCAUUACCAAUCUGAGAGAGAGAGAGAGAGAGAGAGAGAUGGGGCCAAGCCAGGAAGGCCCCCUGCUGCCUCCCCAGCCCUCCCAUCACCCCCUAACCUCUCAUGUCACCUCAGUCCUCAUGCAGGUUCAAGACCCUCCACCACCUGGUCCCUGCCAACCCUGCCAGCCUCUUUUCUUGAAACUCCCACCCUGACCUCAAGCCCCUUGUGCCCACUCCUUCCCGGGACACCUCCAGGCCAUCCUGCAGCCUCCUCCAUAUUCAUGAUUGAAAGCCCAGCUCCUACCUCACCUCCCAAGUGGAGCCUCAUCCAAGAGCCCCUGAGCCAGGUAUACCCCCACCACUGCCCUCUGGCAGAGCAAGUCCCCAUGGGGUGAGAUGAAACUGAUGUCACACCCACCCAUCCCCAUAAGAGCAGGUCCCCUGACAGGAAGAACACUCUCGCUGGUCACCAUGACUCAUGACAGCAGUGAUUCUCUCUUAUUGUUUUAGAGACUCACAUACAACAGAGUGGAAAGAUCCAGUGUCCAGCAGGUUCCGUGUCUGUCUCCUCUUCCUCCCUGAGAAUGAUCUUAGCCAUUAGCCCGGGUCACACAGAGGAUAGCCCCAGCGCAGCUCCAGUUUCCCCCUGUGGGUCUUGCGGCUGGUUUCCCCCAGAGACCGGCCUGACUUGCUUCAGAGCCCUGUUCUAUUGUUUUCACCUGGUACAUGCUCAGGCAUGGUCUGGAGUCCUGGCCCUGUUACGGUGAUGGAGAGAUGGUGUAGCCAGAUCCCCGGACGGGUUCUCUCAGUGGUCCUGAUGUGCUAGGAUAGGCCCAGCUGGGGACCACUAACCUUGACCGGGAAGGGCUUUGAAGGCAGGAACCACCUUAUAUUCAUCCUUGAACACCUAGGGAAGAUCCUGCACAGGAUGAAAAUGCCCAGAGUCUAUGUGUUGGCAGGUGAACGUGGUGUGUGGGUAGUAAUUGAAUAUGUACUGUGUGCUGGGCAUUAGGCAAAGCCCUUUCUGAAUAAUUUCACUCAACUUUGUGAUAACACUGUCAAGAGGGCUGUAGAAGCCCCAUUUUAGAGCUAAGAAAUUGAGGUGCAGGGAGGUAUAAAAUGACUUUCCCGAGGUCAUCUGGCUGGGAAGUGGGGGAUGGUUGGAAAGCUGGACGGACUGGCGUCCACUGGGCAGGCAGGACUGGCCUUGUCCCGGGGCCUGUCUCCACUCAUCAGCCCAACGGGAGCCUCAUCUUUGAAGGAUGCCAGAGCAGCCAAGACAUUUACCAAGUAAAGAUCCUUUGUGCUGGAGUGAAAUGAUCCUUUAAAAAUGAUCACCAGCUCCCCUCGUUACCUCCGGAGACCAAGUCCUUGCUGAUUUUUUCCCUUCUUUAUCUCAAAUACAUUUAAAUGUCAAUUAAAUUUGAAAUAUCUA